CAACGCUCCAAACUGUAGCCAGAAACCUCUCUCUAUCUCUAUCUGACUCCUCUCUCUUCUUUAGAUCUGUGGCCGUUUUUGAUUCUCCGGCGACGACGGCGAUACUUUUUUUUUUCUCGUUGCAUGAGCGACGGCGAUGGCUUCUGCUUGCGUCAACAACAAUGUUAUUGUUUCUCAGGAUUUUUCAUCUUACGGUUGUUUCAACCCUCGAGCUUCUCCUCCCUCCUCCUCCUUCAGCCGUGAAGACGCUCGGAGCUCUGUAUCCGCCGUUCCACCGACGGAGGACGGCGGCGAUUUCGAGUUUCGCCUCGAGAAUCCGGUCGGGAUAGUACCGGCGGACGAGCUUUUCUCCGGAGGGAAACUCGCGACGAAGCAGCGGACGACGACGACGAAGACCACGGAGAAGGCAGAUACCGGGGAGAAAUGCGGGAGGGCGGUGGAAGCCGAGACGGAGAUCUCCGGCGACGGCGGUUUGUUUUCGCCCAAGGCGCCACGGUGUUCGAGUAGGUGGAGGGAGUUGCUGGGACUGAAACGAUUCUCUCAGAACAGCAAAACCGCCACCACGGCGUCGUUUCACUCGAAUCCGAGUAGAUCGUCCGCUUCUUCGUUAAAACAGUUUUUAAAUCGAAGCUCCAAAACGACGUCGUCGUCUUCGGACGCUUCUCUUCCUCUCCUAAAGGACUGCUCAGACUCCGAGUCUCUCUCCAUCUCCUCUUCCCGUAUGUCCCUCUCCUCUUCCUCCUCUGGCCACGACCACGACGACAUCCCGAGACUCUCCCUCGACGCAGACAGACCUAACCAUAACCACAACCACCUCCUUAACCAACACAUAACCGGGAAUCCCUUCGCUCCCUCUCGUAGCCAAAACCCGCCGAGGAUGAGGCUAGUGACGACGACGUCUCGCGAGAGAGUGGGCCGCAGCCCAAUCCGGCCUGAUUCAGCGAUGAGCAGAGGAGUCUCCGUGGACAGCCCGAGGCUAAACUCCUCGGGUAAAAUCGUGUUCCAGAGCCUCGAGCGGAGCUCGAGCUCUCCCAGCAGCUUCAACGGCGGGACGAGCGGGUAUCGACACAGAGGGAUGGAGAGAUCUUACAGCGCGAACGUGAGGGUGACUCCUGUCCUAAACGUCCCCGUCUGUUCGAUCAGAGGAGGUUCUGUGAUUUUCGGACAGUUCUUCUCUUCUUCAUCGACUUCGUCCUCGUCUUUAGCUUCGUCGCAGCACAAUAGAACAGGGAGUUUCUCUAGCAACAACAGAGCGUCGUCUCAUCACAUUAACAGAGGUCGUAACUCCACCGAUCGAAUCUAAGAAAAUCAUUCAAUGAUGCUAGAGGGAAGCUAGUAGUAGUAGUAGUAGUAGUACCGAGAGCUUUGAGGUUGUGUACAUAAAGAAUCUGCAAUUUGUUAGGUUUUUUUUUUUUUUUUUCUAGGGUUCAUCGACAUUUGCUUGUUUGGUUCGGGUUCGAGAGGGUGAUGAGAGAGUGAGGUUGACGCGCUAGAGUGAUGCGUGUUGGUCAAUAGGAAAAAACAGAUUCUUUUUUUUCUCUCUCUCAGAUUGUUUGCUCUGUGUGUAUUUGCGCUCUCCCCACGUUGGAGCUUAUCUAAGCUGUCUCUUUCAUGUGAUAUUUUUUUAUUUUAAUAUUUUUUGUCGUUUAGUGAGUUUCGGAAAUGAUGCAGUUUUUUCA